UUCAGUUCACUUUUUUUUUUCACAUUCUCCUUGAAUUACUCCCAUGCCUUCUCUCUCUCCAUUGAAGAUGUGACGUCCUCCACUGUCGCCGCCGCCGCCGCCGCCGCUCGCGUCGCACAAGCUCCUUCCACCGCCGCUCUCAAUGCGUUUGCUCCUUUCGUCGUCACACGAGCUCUCUCGGCCGUGCUCUUGUCUUACGAGCUCCCUCCGCCCCCGCUCUCGCGCUGCUUCUUCUCUCCUCGCCGGAGGUUUGUCAUCGUCUCUUCUCGUCGCUGUUAGUUCAGGUCCGCUGAAGGUUACACCAUUUAUGGUCGAGUGAAGACCCAGCAAUUUAGGAACAAAAGACUAUAUAAUUCCCGGAAAAGUGUCGAAUGUCAAAGUCAUACUCAAUGGUGGUCAGAGAGUUACUUUUUUGAGGCCUGAUGGAUAUUUCUCAUUGUAUCCUUUAAUUUACAUCUUCAUUUUAAACUCAUUUCAAUUUGCAUGAUAACUACUAUUGCAAUACUUCAGGUCAUGUUUAAUUUGAUCUCUCUUUGCUGUCCUAAUAUUGCUUUUACAAAGUUAUAAUUAAUGAUAGUAUUUUGUUGUUGAGCAACAAACUAGUUCCUUAACAUGUUUGCUUUAAGCCACAACGUCCCAAAUAUUUCUUGAUGGAUGCUUCAUGAGGUCUGAAAAUUAUAGCUUCUUUGAUGAGUAUGCAGGGCCAGGGGACAAGGCUGUUUGUGGAAACAAAACUAGGACGAAUUCGAGUUUUUAAGCGACCGCAAAGCAGGCAAUUUUGGAAGUAGUUCAAGCUGCACCAAACAGCAUAGGAUGCUAUGCAAGAGGGAAGGUUGAUAUUUCUGGAAGGGUAGAUGAAUCUGCUUAUGUUUUGGCUAAUUGUUGGAAGAGUUUGAAUAGUAGUUCUUGCAAAGGUCCACCACUGGCUGGAAGGUAUGACAUGGGAGCUCUAUGCAUGCAUGAGCAUUCUGAAAAACUUGAAGGCCUUAUCAAUGAUGCUCUAUGAGGACCAAAGAAUGGCAUCUCGUUUGGCCAAUACAAUGUUCAGCUCAUUAAAGGGUAGACCUGUUCAGGGUCGCAUAUUUGAAGGUAAAGAGCCACCCCAGUUUGUUGCUCUUUUUCAACCUAUGGUGGUUCUCAAGGGAGGUUUGAGCUCAGGUUACAAAAAAUUAGUAGCAGAUAAAGGCUUGCAAGAUGAGACAUAUACAGCAGAGAGUGUCGCACUUAUUCGAAUUUCUAGAACUGCCAUACAUAAUAACAAUGCAGUGCAAGUUGAUGCAGUGGCAGCGUCAUUGAAUUCUGCUGAGUGUUUUGUCCUUCAAUCUGGCUCUACAAUGUUCACUUGGCAUGGCAAUCAAUCCUCCUUUGAGCAGCAGCAGCUAGCAGCGAAAGUUGUGGAGUUUUUAAAGCCUGGAGUUGCUUUAAAGCAUGCUAAAGAAGGAACAGGAAGCUCAGCUUUCUGGUUUGCUCUUGGAGGAAAACAGAGUUACACCAGCUUUCUGUCAAUGAAAUUCAACCAAAAGCAGGUUCUCCUAACAAGAGGGUGUAGGAUAAUGAUGAAGCAUUUAAGCAUAUUGUAUAUGUCAUAGGAUAGAUUGAAUGGGCUGAAUCAAGGAGGACCAAGACAAAGAGCAGAAGCUUUGGCUGCUUUAAACUCUGCAUUUAAAUCAUUAUCCGGAACCAAAAGUUCUAGCCCUAAGAUAACUGGAAGAAGUCAAGGAUCACCGCCACCGCGCCACCCUCAAUGUCUUCGGGUGAGGACUAUGAUGAUGAUGAGGAUGAAGAUGACACUGAAGACUAUAACUGAUAGUUUUAGUAUGGUUGAACAAUAUACUAGGAAUUAUAGUUGAUGAUCAAUACAUUUUGUUUAUGUUUUGAAUUAUAUUGACUUGCUUGUUUAUAGUACUUCAUAAUACAAUGAAUUUGUUUAUUUUUUGAAAUAUUAUAAAUAUUCG